UUCUCUCCACAGAUUUGGUGAGCAGCUAUUCUAUGACCCCCCCUACUCUCAGCAUUACUGAGGAGGAACACAUCAUCAACACCAAGGAUACGCUGACCAUCACCUGCAGAGGCCAGCAUCCCUUGGAGUGGUCGUGGCCUGGGGGCAAGGUGGACCCUGCUGGAAAAGAGAAGGAGACGGAGCUGGUGGCCUCAGCAGCUCCCAGCAGCGGCCGGACAAUCCGAGAAGAAGACUGCGAGGGGACCGGCACGAAGCCGUACUGCAAAGUCCUGGUGCUGACAGAGACCCAGGCGAAUGACACGGGUUACUACCGCUGCUACUACAAGUACAUUGAUGCCAAAAUUGAGGGCACCACAGCAGCCAGCACCUACGUGUUUGUGAGAGAUUUUGAACAGCCAUUUAUCAACAAGCCGGAGACCCUCCUCAUCACCAAGAAGGAGAACACCUGGGUACCAUGCCUCGUGUCCAUCCCGGAUCUUAACGUCACGCUGAUCUUGCAAAAUUCCCUCAUCCAUCCUGACGGAAAAAGCACUUUCUGGGACAACAAGAAGGGGGUGCUGGUACCCACACACUUGAUCAGAGACUCCUUGUUCGUCCAGUGUGAGACUGUCAUUGACAAGAAGGUCUUCAAAUCCAGUUACUUCAUCAUCCAUAUAGCAGGGAGUGAGCUGUACGACAUCCAGCUGUAUCCCAAGAAAGCCAUGGAGCUGCUAGUGGGAGAGAAGCUGGUCUUGAACUGCACAGUGUGGGCCGAGUUCAACUCUGGCGUCCGCUUCCAGUGGACUUACCCUGGCAAACAGACUCAGCGGGCAGUGAUGGAGCCUGAGCGCCGGUCCCUGCAGACACACACGGAGCUCUCCAGUAUCCUGACCCUCCACAAUGUCAGCCUGCAGGACCUGGGCAAGUACACGUGCACUGCCACCAACGGUGCCCAGAUGCUGGAGGAGAGCACCGAUGUCAUUGUGCAUGAAAAGCCCUUCAUCAAUGUGGAGUGGAGGAAGGGCCCGGUGAUAGAAGCCACUGCAGGAGAUGAAGCCGUGAAGCUGCCGGUGAAAGUCGUGGCUUACCCCCCACCAGACUUCCAGUGGUACAAGGACGGGAAGCUAAUUCCCAAGCAAUCUCAAUCUUCAAUGCAGAUCAAGGAUGUGUCGGAGCAGCACGCUGGGACGUACACGCUGGUUCUGCGGAACAGGCUGGCGGGGCUGGAGAAGCGCAUCAGCCUCCAGUUAAUCGUCAAUGUUCCUCCACGCAUCCAUGAGAAGGAAGCCUCUUCCCCGAGCAUCUAUUCCCGGAGGAGCCCCCAGGCCCUCACCUGCACUGUCUAUGGCAUCCCGGCGCCAGAGGUGAUCCAGUGGCAGUGGAGGCCAUGGAUGCCCUGUCGGAUGUUCUCCCGCCGCAGCCUCAAUAGCAGACACCGGGCGGCAAGGCGGCAUCAGCGGGACCGGAUGCCUGAAUGCAAGGACUGGAAAGAUGUGUCACAGCAGGACGCAGUGAACCCCAUCGAGAGCAUUGACACCUGGGUGGAGUUUGUGGAGGGGCGGAACAAGACAGUCAGCAAACUGGCCAUCCAGGAGGCCAAUGUCUCAGUUAUGUACAAGUGUAUCGCCUCAAAUAAAGUGGGUCGAGACGAGCGCCUGAUCUACUUCUACGUGACCACCAUUCCAGAUGGGUUUGAGAUUGAGUCCCAGCUCGGACAGGACCUACAGCUGAGCUGCAAUGCAGACAACUACACCUACGAGAACCUCCAGUGGUAUCGGCUGAACCUCUCCAAGCUCCAUGAUGAGGAAGGCAACCCCCUCGUGCUGGACUGCAAGAACAUCCACCACUAUGCCACCAAGAUGCAGGGGGAGCUGCGCUUCCAGCCCGACUCCAACGAUGCGACCUUGCUGCUCACCAUCCCCAACAUCUCCCUGGGCGAGGAGGGAGACUACGUGUGUGAGGUGCAGAACCGGAAGACCCGGGAGAAGCACUGCCACAAGAAAUACAUCUCUGUGCAGGCCCUGGAGAUCCCCCGCCUCAAGCAGAACCUGACAGACAUUUGGGUGAACGUCAGUGACUCCAUAGAGAUGCGCUGUAAGGUGGACGGCAACCACGUUCCUGAAAUCAGCUGGUACAAAGAUGAGAAACUGGUGGAAGAAGUGUCAGGAAUUGACCUGGCAGACUUCAACCAGAGGCUGAGCAUCCAGAGGGUGAGGGAGGAGGAUGCUGGGCUCUACCUGUGCAGCGUCUGCAAUGCUAAGGGCUGUGUGAACUCCUCGGCCAGUGUCUCCGUAGAAGGCUCUGAUGACAGGACCAAUGUGGAGAUUGUCAUCCUGAUUGGGACUGGGGUCAUCGCUGUUUUCUUCUGGAUCCUCCUUAUCCUCAUCUUCUGUAACAUCAAAAGGCCUGCCCACGCAGACAUCAAGACGGGCUACCUCUCCAUCAUCAUGGACCCUGGCGAGGUACCCUUGGAGGAGCAGUGCGAGUACCUGCCCUAUGAUUCCAGCAAGUGGGAGUUCCCACGAGACCGCCUGCGCCUAGGUAAAGUCCUGGGUCACGGUGCCUUUGGGAAGGUGGUGGAAGCAUCAGCAUUUGGGAUCAAUAAAAGUAACAGCUGUGAGACAGUAGCAGUCAAAAUGCUGAAAGAGGGAGCUACCGCAAGCGAGCACAAGGCACUGAUGUCAGAGCUGAAGAUCCUCAUUCACAUCGGGAAUCACCUCAACGUGGUGAAUUUGCUGGGUGCCUGUACCAAACCCAAUGGUCCACUCAUGGUUAUUGUUGAGUUCUGCAAGUAUGGAAACCUCUCCAACUACCUGCGGACCAAGCGGGAAGGAUUCAGUCCUUACAGGGAGAAGCCUCCCAGGCUGCGUAUUCAGGUCCAGUCCAUCGUGGAGGCAGUGAGAGCAGACAGGAGAAGUCGUUCUGGGACUAGCGACAGCGCUAUCUUUAACCGCUUUCUGAUGCACAAGAGCCAGACAGCACAACCGAUCCAGGAAGUGGAUGACUUGUGGCAAAGUCCCUUGACAAUGGAAGACCUGAUCUGCUACAGCUUCCAGGUAGCGCGUGGCAUGGAGUUCCUGGCAUCCCGAAAGUGCAUCCACAGAGACCUGGCGGCUCGCAAUAUCCUGCUGUCAGAGAACAACGUGGUAAAGAUCUGUGAUUUCGGCCUGGCCCGGGACAUCUACAAGGACCCCGACUAUGUCAGGAAAGGCAGCGCCCGUCUCCCACUGAAGUGGAUGGCUCCAGAGAGCAUCUUCGACAAGGUCUACACUACCCAGAGUGACGUCUGGUCCUUUGGGGUCCUCCUCUGGGAAAUCUUCUCGCUAGGGGCCUCUCCAUACCCUGGAGUCCAGAUCAACGAGGAGUUCUGCCAGAGGCUCAAAGAUGGUACCAGGAUGAGAGCCCCAGAGUACGCCACAGCAGAAAUUUACCGUAUAAUGCUGAGCUGCUGGCACGGUGAUCCCAAGGAGAGACCAACGUUCUCCGACCUGGUGGAGAUACUGGGGAACCUUCUUCAGGAGAACGUCCAGCAGGAAGGGAAGGAUUACAUCCCGCUGAACGACUCUCACAGCUCAGAAGAUGACGGUUUCUCCCAGGUGCCUUCCUCUGCCCAGCAAAACUCAGAUGAAGAGGACUUUGACAUGAGGAUACGCUGCCACAGCCUAGCAGCAAGAUACUACAACUGCGUCUCGUUCCCUGGUUGUUUGACGGGAGGAAAUCAGAUCAGGUGUCCAUCCAGGAUAAAGACAUUUGAAGAGUUUCCCAUGACACAUACAAUGUACAAGACACACCCGGACAAUCAGACAGACAGUGGGAUGGUUCUGGCAUCUGAGGAAUUUGAGAGGAUAGAAAACCGACACAGAAAAGAAGGUGGAUUCAGCAGUAAAGUGCCCAGCCAAACUGCAGAGCUGCCAGGGGAACAGUCGGACCUGCGGGGCAGAUGUCGGCCGUCAUACGGGUCCCAGGUCGGAGGCCAGACUUUUUACAACAGUGAAUACGGGGAGCUGUCAGAACACUCUGAGGACGGCAGCUGCACCCCGCCUGGAGAGGGGGCCAGUCCCCCCACUCUCCAUGCUUCUUUCUUCUCCGAGCAGUACUAAUGGCAUCAGCCCUGGAGGUGCCUGCCAAGGCAUCCCCUCACCCUCCAGGCAUGUCAUCAGGGUCACUCAGAGCUUCUCCUUCAACCUACGCCCAACCCCAUCAGGGAACCUACCCCGAACGGAUGGGGAACACCGAUGUCCUUGGAAUAGCAGCACAAUGGCCCAAUGCAGCACCUCCACCUGCAGCUUCCCCAUGCUGGGACUGGAGAGAAUGCCUUGCUGAUUCCUCGCAUUUAUUUUCUUCCUGUGGCUCAGACAGAUGCAUUCUGCCAACGACUGGGUGCCUGCAUUCAGCACUACAGCACCUUCUGCCUAGCAUCCAGCCUCCGCUCAGAUCAGCUUCCUAUUCAGAAAGCCCUUUUCAGGUCAGAUAUAAAUAGAUCUGUCUCAGUCUCAAGUUUCUUCCUGGUGUGCAGCCUGAAUGUUUUUCCUUGGAUUGCUUCCUCCUCCUCUCCUCAUGAUGUCAGCUGCUGAGCUGUGGAGCAGAAUCAAAGGGAAGAAAUCCCUCGUGGUAUUAGCAGCAAGAGCAGGACAUUUUAAAGAGGUGUACGGAGGCAUCCCAAGGGAUCUUUGUAAAUGUUCAUGCACGCUGUUCAUUCUGGGUAGGUGCCAGCCUCUCCAUCUCUUCUGCAAGCAACACCCACACCCCUCUCAUCUCUGCUGGGGGGAAACCUGUCAGUCUGCCU